CUCUCAAAUCCUAUCAAACCUUUCUUCCCAUUAUCCACCCACCUUUCCUGUCGCCGCGUCGUCACCAUGGCGCUUGACACGUUCUUCCACAACAAGAUCGAGAGCAUGAAGCUCGAGAUCAUCCAAGGCCAAUCCAAGCUGCGGCGAUUAGAAGCACAACGGAACGACUACAACUCAAGAGUGCGGUUAUUGCGGGAAGAACUUGGCCUCCUUCAGCAGCCGGGUUCGUAUGUCGGAGAGGUUGUCAAGGUCAUGGGGACGAAGAAGGUGCUCGUCAAAGUGCAUCCAGAAGGCAAAUAUGUCGUCGAUAUUGCUGAUUCGGUCGACAUCUCGAAGUUAACCGCGGGCAAACGAGUCACGCUGUUGAGCGACUCCUACAAGCUCGAGAAGAUGCUGCCUUCGUCGGUCGAUCCUCUUGUUUCCCUCAUGAUGGUCGAAAAGGUCCCUGACAGCACAUACGACAUGAUCGGAGGAUUGGAUCAACAGAUCAAGGAGAUCAAGGAGGUGAUUGAGCUGGGUCUGAAACAUCCCGAACUGUUCGAAUCCCUGGGUAUCGCUCAACCGAAGGGUGUGCUGUUGUACGGACCUCCCGGAACCGGCAAAACCCUCCUCGCUCGUGCCGUUGCGCAUCACACCGACUGCAAGUUCAUCCGAGUGAGUGGCUCAGAGUUGGUUCAGAAGUACAUCGGUGAAGGAAGCCGUAUGGUUCGAGAGCUAUUUAUCAUGGCACGAGAGCAUGCACCUAGCAUCAUCUUCAUGGACGAAAUCGACUCAAUAGGAUCCUCACGAGUAGAAGGAUCAUCGGGUGGCGACUCGGAAGUUCAACGGACGAUGUUGGAGCUACUGAACCAACUGGAUGGAUUCGAGCCGACCAAAAACAUCAAGAUCAUCAUGGCGACGAAUCGUCUCGACAUCCUUGACCCAGCAUUGUUGCGUCCGGGACGGAUAGACCGCAAGAUUGAAUUCCCUCCACCAAGCGUCGAAGCGCGAGCAGACAUCCUUCGAAUCCACUCGCGGAAGAUGAACCUGACCCGUGGCAUCGAUCUCAAGAAGAUCGCGGACAAGAUGAACGGCUGCUCGGGGGCGGAGCUGAAGGGCGUGUGCACGGAAGCAGGCAUGUAUGCACUGAGGGAACGGAGGGUGCACGUUACGCAGGAAGAUUUCGAUUUGGCUACCGCGAAGAUUCUCAACAAGCACGACGACAAGGAUACCUCGCUCAAGAAGCUCUGGAAGUAGUCUCCUGCCGGACAUAUUUGGGUGCGGUCAACGUUAUGAGCGUUGUGGCAGCCAGUCUCUGUAUGUGUAGUUACCGGUUCAUUGCAUGGCGAAUGGGCGCUUGGUCAAUUCUGAUAGAGCACUGCUUCUGGGUAUAAUGGCACGGUAAAACUAAGUAGUAAUUACCAUAUCUUAUAUGCUCAUAACGUCGUAAUCUAUGACUCUACGCUAGUAAUAAAUCUAUAGGUAUCAUUAUAUCUGC